AUGUCUAAACGGAGGUCGUCGUUAUCGCAGCUGUCGACGCUGGACGAUCUCGAGAAGUUCAAGGUGCAUGCCAAGUCUGUCAAGGACAGCUUCAGAUGUUUCCAAUGCUCCAAACACACCGUUGUCCCCACUGUCUCCAGACGGCGUCGAUCGUCCUCGUCUGUGGUGUUUUCGGAGCUGCUUGCCCCAUCAGAGCCGUUGCCAUUCACAAUGAAGAUGUCUGUCUCGUCAGAAACCUACCAUAAACAGCUCACCUUGCCGUUCACCGCGUCGUGUCUGAAAGAUAUCACCGAUUCGCCGUAUUUCGCUGAGGUUAACCUGAAUGACUAUUAUAUGAGUCAGGAGAGAAAGUCCCCUUCACGGGGGUCCAAACGCCGGUUCCCAGGGUUCCAAAUCCCGCCAAAGGGAACCCUCCAGCUGAUCAUCUACAACAACGAGAAAAACGUCACCAGUCUGCUGCUGUUCCCGUACGACGUGACGAGUCUCCGCAAAGACCAUAAAAAGGUGAUCAAGUUCCGCAAAAACAGCACCAUCACCUACAACUCCGAGUCCAACCAGGACCUCAAGAUCAACGUGCGCAAACUCCACAACGAGCUCGAGUUCAAGGCCAUCAACAAACGCGACAGAAAGUUCUACAUCUUCGACUCCUUGAAAAUUGCCUUUGUGCCGGGCUUUCUAUCCGAAAACGCCAAGCUGCCGCUCAGCUCCAGCCUCCCGGACUUCAAGAAACACCAGUACAAUCCGAAGAUCCCGUUGUUCCCGCAAAACUUCCACACCUCCGUUGAGACGGUGGAAUCUGACGAAUACCCGGUCGAUAUGGCCUACUAUACCCAUAAGUGCAAUCUAUGCGACAACGACAGCGACGACGACGAAUGCGUCCAGUUCCCAACCUUCACAUACGCUUAA